CGAAGAAGACCCGCCGACAAAUCUCAAAUCGGUUGGGAAGCUGCCUGCAUCAUCCACCGACCGAGCCAGGAACCGACGAGCAGAACCGGAGGAAAAAAAUGGCGUUCACAUUCGCGGCCUUUUGCUACAUGCUCGCUCUGCUGCUAACGGCGGCGCUUAUCUUCUUCGCUAUCUGGCAUAUAAUAGCAUUUGAUGAGCUGAAGACCGAUUACAAGAACCCAAUAGAUCAGUGUAACACUUUAAAUCCGCUGGUUCUCCCAGAGUAUCUCAUCCAUUUCUUCUUCUGCGUGAUGUUCUUCUGUGCGGCCGAGUGGCUCACGCUGUGUCUCAACUUACCGCUGCUGGCUUAUCACGUCUGGAGGUAUAUGAGCAGACCUGUGAUGAGCUGUCCAGGACUCUACGACCCGACAACCAUCAUGAACGCCGACAUCCUGGCGUACUGUCAAAAAGAAGGCUGGUGCAAACUGGCUUUCUACCUCCUGUCGUUCUUCUACUAUCUCUACGGGAUGAUCUAUGUUCUGGUGAGCUCCUAGACGGGACGACAAAGGCAAAAGGACCUGCAUGUACAGUCGACGACCAGACACUAUGAUCUUAGUGCUGGAACACUGGACCUGCUGGAGAACCACCGUUCAGCAACACAAAAAGACGCCAUCUUAAGUGGACGAACUCUCGACUCCCCCCAACAACACAGCGCAGAGUGUCAUUUCAGAAACAUUUAGCCCGUUUUAAGAGAAUAUCUCGGUCGCAGCGUUCCUCUCAUAGCACUAGUUAAAGAUUUUAUGGGAAAAUAUGGACAAAAACCUGAAUGGACAAGUUUGGUUUUUUUUUUCUUUCCUUUUUUUAAAAAUUUUGGACGGUGUGGUGAUAUUUUUUUUUUUUCUUUUUGAUGCUCCGGAUUGAUUCUUUUUCAUCACGGUUUCCAACUUUUGAGUGUUUACAGGUUAGGUAGACAUCUUCAGGUGUGCAUUUAUCUGUGAGAAUCUAAGCUGCAUUAUAGCGUUUGUUUUUGUUCCUGUGAAUUAGAUCCCGGGCUUCGACGGCUACUUUAUACCUGCCACGUGAUUCAUUACUUACAUAGCAAAAGAGUGCAAAACCAGACUUCUGUUCUUUGCCCACAGAUGCGGUGUGAAAGCGAACGGCGAGGGCUGAAGCGCGUGGGCUAUUAUCACUGAGUGUUGCACAAGGACAAUCACAGUCUGGUUGUCACAACGUCAAACUAUCUGAUGUAUCGUCUCCAUACUUCCAACUUGUAAUCCUUGUCGAACUCUUGGCAAUAUCUGUUUUUCUUAAGUGUGAAUCCAGAGUAGAGCACCAUGUGUACGUGACCUGUAUUUCUGUAGAAUCGCCCUUUUUGCAGCUAUCAAUACAUUUAAAAAAAACAAAACAGAAAAGGUAAACUCAACAGUACAAUGUGUUCAGCAUUAGGAGGCAACAGUAUUUAGUUUUCUUUCUGCAUUUGAUUGCUGAUGUGCCACACUGUUGAAUGUACCUUUUUAAAAAAAAACUCUCUUGUGCGUUUUUGUUCAGUUUCAGCACCAAAUAUUCCACGUUUUGUUAGGAUCUCCACUGUUUUUAUUUAUUGUACGUUUUUAAUUUUUCAAGAUUUUUUCACUUCGUCACGAUAUCAAGCACUCCUCACGGUGUCGCUCAUCUCCGGGAUCCAAAAAAAACCACCCCAGGGUUUUCUUUAGAGGCCAUUGGAUUCAAAUUUUUUCAUGAAUACUAGAGUAUUUAUUGCCAUUUCCAACAUGUAAAUUUAUCAGGGAAAAGGAUUAUCAUCACUUAAUAAAUGAAAUUUUUAUGUAUUAGAGCCCAUAAUGUCACGUCUAGGAAAUGAUUUAUGAUUUUGAGUCUAAAUAAAGCUAUCCCACUCUGUUAACGUGGA